AUGCUUACCAUUGGAGGUCUUCUUACACUACAUAAAUCAAUGCUUAUUAGCUUGGGUAUUUACUAUUUCUCUAUGUUUCAUACGCCUAUUUCUAUUUAUAGAGAUCUGACGCAGAUUAGAGCUAGAUUUUUUUGGGGUGGGGAAGAUCAAAAAAGGAUUAUUCAAUGGGUCAAGUGGGAGGUUAUUCUUAAUGAUAAAUUUUAUGGUGGAUUUUCUAUUGGAAUCUUGGAAUCUUUUAAUCAAGCUCUGAUGUAUAAGUGGAGAUGGCGGUUUCUUAAUAAUCAAAAUCUUUUGUGGGUUAAGAUUAUUAAUAGUUGUUAUGGUGAAGAUGGUGGAUUUAUGUUGGCUUCUUCUACUAGAGUAAAUAAUUACGUUUGGAUGGGUAUUGUAAAAUCGUUUUGGGACUUACAUAAUAGAGGUAUAAUCCACUUUGACUCAGUGUGUAGGAAAGUGGGUGAUGGUGGGAAUACGAAAUUCUGGGUAGAUAAUUGGUGUGGUAGUAUUAGUCUUAGAGCUCGAUUUCCUCGUUUAUUUGAUGUAGCCAGAAACAAAGAUGCUUAUGUUAAAGAUUAUUGGGUUAAUAAUCAGUGGUUAUUCAUUGGAACUGUAACAUUGGAGGCGAGGUUCUUGGCUCGUAGUUAA